ACGUAAUAUAUCGCUUCACAGCAUCAACGUCUUGCUGCCUUCCAGUCUUGCAGGGUCUCAUCUACUCAGUAUGUUAAUUUUUGUCACACCAACAGACUUGAAGUACCCACCAUGUACGGCUACCCCCAGGCGAAGAUAAGAGCGCAGCGCGACAACUACGAUUAUGACUAUAACUGCCAGCCCCGUCUUGGUCAGCGUGGACAUGAGAACGGAUAUCAACGUGAAAGCGAACGCAACGACCACCGUCGCUACAGACACUCUCGCGACCGUCCGAACGACAUCGAAGAGGCGACCCGCGCCCAUGUAAAAGCAAGCAAGGACUACGACGAUGCAAAGGCGAAGUAUCAAGAAUACAGGCGGAAGUAUGAGAAUGCAAGGAAGAAACUUGAUGAGGCGACGGCACCGCUCAGUGCUGCGAAACGGCGCGAGGGGGCUUGGUGACGUUCGCUGGGCAAUAGCGAUGGCUAUCGCUUAUUGUUUAUAAUUGAAGUUGUAUUUGAUGCCUUCCUGGAUGAUUUUGACCCUCUUGUUGUUUUGCAUGCUGUUUUGGAAUAGCUUCGUUGUAAUACUGGCGCUUCGUGUUACGGCAAAUUAAUACAGUUGGACAAGACGAUAACUCCUGCAGUUAGAUCUUUGAACCAUCGCAAUACCUGUGUCAUUCUACGAGUUGGACAG